UUAUAAUAUUAAGGCUCUGGAAAUAUAAAUAAGAAAGAAAAGAAGGGAAAAAAUAAAAGAGAAAAUGCAGGAGAGAGUAGGAGACAAUCUCUCUCUCCACAUAGCCCCAAUUGAAGGAUUAAGCAUUUGGACUAUAAAUGAAGGGGAUCUUUGUUAGUUUAAUCACUGGAACAAUUACAAAAGGACUCAACAACAACGAGGUUUAUUGAAAAUUUUGCCUAAUGCUAACGGACCCAUGCAGAUGCCUAAUUGUAUUUGCAUAUUAAAAGAAGGGUGUAUUUGUUUGUUUCUAGGCUUUGAUGGAAUAUCAGAUACUGAAAAUGUCUCCCAGCCUGUUCAUCCUUCUGUUUCUCACACCGGGUAUUUUAUGCAUUUGUCCUCUCCAAUGUAUAUGCACAGAAAGGCACAGGCAUGUGGACUGUUCAGGCAGAAACUUGAGUACAUUACCUUCUGGACUGCAAGAGAAUAUUAUCCAUUUAAAUCUGUCUUAUAACCACUUUACUGAUCUGCAUAACCAGUUAACCCAAUUCACCAAUCUGAGGACCCUGGACAUUUCAAACAACAGGCUGGAAAGCCUCCCUGCUCAGUUACCUCGGUCCCUCUGGAAUAUGUCUGCUGCUAACAACAACAUUAAACUGCUUGACAAAUCUGAUACUGCAUAUCAGUGGAACCUCAAAUACCUGGAUGUUUCUAAGAAUAUGCUGGAAAAGGUUGUCCUCAUUAAAAAUACACUAAGAAGUCUUGAGGUUCUCAACCUGAGUAGUAACAAACUUUGGACAGUUCCAACCAACAUGCCCUCAAAACUACAUAUCGUGGACUUGUCUAACAAUUCCUUGACACAAAUCCUCCCAGGAACAUUAAUAAGCCUGACUAACCUCACACAUCUUUACCUGCACAACAACAAAUUCACAUUCAUUCCAGAUCAAGCUUUUGACCAACUCUUUCAGUUGCAAGAGAUAACCCUUCAUAAUAACAGGUGGUCAUGUGACCACAAACAAAACAUUACCUACUUAUUAAAGUGGAUGAUGCAAACAAAAGCCCAUGUGAUAGGAACCCCCUGUUCUAGCCAAAUAUCGUCUCUGCAGGAACAUAACAUAUACCCCACACCUUCUGGAUUUACCUCAAGCUUGUUCACUGUAAGUGGCAUGCAGACAGUGGACACCAUUAACUCUCUGAGUAUAGUAACUCAAUCCAAAGUGACCAAAAUACCCAAACAAUAUCGCACAAAGGAAACAUUUGGUGCCACUCUAAGCAAAGACACCACCUUGACUAGCACUGACAAGGCUUUUGUGCCCUAUCCAGAAGACACAUCCACAGAAACGAUCGAUUCACAUGAAGCAGCAGCUGCAACUCUAACUAUUCAUCUCCAAGAUGGAAUGGUUACAAACGCAAGCCUCACUAGCUCACCAAAAUCAUCCCCAACACCCAUGACCCUAAGUAUUACUAGUGGCAUGCCAAAUAAUUUCUCUGAAAUGUCUCAACAAAGCACAACCCUUAACUUACGGAGGGAAGAGACCACCACAAAUGUAAAGACUCGCUUACCUUCUGCAGCAAGUGCUUGGAAAGUAAAUGCUUCGUUUCUCUUAAUGCUCAAUGCUGUGGUCAUGCUGGCCGUCUGAGGGUCUGCAUUUUCUGAAAGAACUCCUCCCUGAUGUAUAGUUGGGAAAAUAUGCCCCUAUCUAACCAGUGAUUCAAGCUAUAUUAAGUAUUCAAGAAAGCCAGUGUUACCUUUCUGACUCUGAUGUAAAUGAAAUAACUUGUCUUAAAUAAAGAAGUGCACAAUGUCUUGGUACUUGCUGCUAUUUUACUGUCUUAAGU